AUGUCCUCUUCCUUUUUCGCGCAAAUGGCGCUGAACAGCAAGCCAAAACCGGUCAAAAAACUGGAAAAAACCAACAUUGAGAAGUACAAGGCGAUCAUGCUGAUGAAGCAAAAAAAAACGGCGUGCAAGGAUCACACGGGCAGCAGCUCCUCGGCCUUGUCUCUGAUCUCCGCUUCGGUGGGUCCGAACGCCCUCUCCCAGCGUCCGCGGGUUUUGUCGCUGCAGCACUCGGAGUACGUGCUCAUCUGUCCGAACAAGCAUCUGACGAUCGCGGCGGCGAAACUGAAAACCAAGGAAGAUUCGGAGAUCGAAAACAUCAACCAUAUGAGAGUGUCAGGAUCGAAAUAA